CAAUUAUUUGCUGUUAUUUAGUUGGUUAUUUACAAAACCAAAUAUUUUGUAAAGGAACAGAAUACAAACAGAACUAAAGAAAUAAAUAACGGACUGACAGGUGACUGAAUAUCUAUUAGAGAAAGGGCAACAAAAUUUCAUAGAUUUCAGCUUAGACAAGGAAAGAGAGUUUCAGUUUCAUAACAUGACAUAACCUCAAAUAACUGAAAUGUCUAGUGUCUGGGGUCUGGGUUAUAAAGAAAUUUUAUUUUAAAUCAGCUAAAUAUACUAGAAAUCAUGGGAACUUGGACACUAGAGAUUGCCAAAAUGGCACUUUAUGUAGUUUUUCCUGUGGCACUUUUUCAUUACUUUAACCAACCACAGUAUUUUGAAGAUUGGGUUGUAGAAAAGAAGCGUGAAUUGUUUCCCCCCGAAACUGAAGCAAAAAGAGAAUUUCAAAGGACACUAGAGGAAAUUAAAGCCAAGCAAAACCUAAGAGUAAUAGAAAACUUAGAAAAUGUAAAAAAAUAAAAUAUUGUAAAGUUGUGA